AUGCAGGAUGUGUUUAACCGGCUUUGUAAAGCUGUAUCCGGCCUUGUAAAUGCUGUAUCCGGCCUUGUAAAUGCUGUAUCCGGCCUUGUAAAUGCUGUAUCCGGCCUUGUAAAUGCUGUAUCCAGCCUUGUAAAUGCUGUAUCCGGCCUUGUAAAUGCUGUAUCCGGCCUUGUAAAUGCUGUAUCCGGCCUUGUAAAUGCUCUAUCCGGCCUUGUAAAUGCUCUAUCCGGCCUUGUAAAUGCUGUAUCCGGCCUUGUAAAUGCUGUAUCCGGCCUUGUAAAUGCUGUAUCCGGCCUUAUAAAUGCUGUAUCCGGCCUUGUAAAUGCUGUAUCCGGCCUUGUAAAUGCUGUAUCCGGCCUUUGGCAUCUUAGUCCCACAAGGAUUAAGAAGAGUCCCACGAGGACUAAGAAGAGUCCCACGAGGACUAAGAAGAGUCCCACGAGGACUAAGAAGAGUCCCACGAGGACUAAGAAGAGUCCCACAAGGAUUAAGAAGAGUCCCACGAGGACUAAGAAGAGUCCCACAAGGACUAAGAAGAGUCCUACAAGGACUAAGAAGAGUCCUACAAGGACUAAGAAGAGUCCCACAAGGACUAAGAAGAGUCCUACAAGGACUAAGAAGAGUCCCACAAGGACUAAGAAGAGUCCUACAAGGACUAAGAAGAGUCCUACAAGGACUAAGAAGAGUCCUACAAGGACUAAGAAGAGUCCUACAAGGACUAAGAAGAGUCCUACAAGGACUAAGAAGAGUCCUACAAGGACUAAGAAGAGUCCUACAAGGACUAAGAAGAGUCCUACAAGGACUAAGAAGAGUCCUACAAGGACUAAGAAGAGUCCUACAAGGACUAAGAAGAGUCCCACAAGGAUCAGAAGAGUCCCACAAGGACUAAGAAGAGUCCUACAAGGACUAAGAAGAGUCCCACAAGGAUCAGAAGAGUCCCACAAGGACUAA